UUUUUUCUUUUUGAAGAAUAUUUUUAAACAAUUCUUGAAAUUUGACGCAUUAGACGGAACUUUUCUUGAUUGUUUCGCAUAUUUAUUGUAUUCUACUCUUUGUCGCGCUGUCCUAUCCAGAAGAAGAUACUUUGCCUUUCCAAUGUUUUUUUAAUGUUUUAUGUGAUUAUUAAUAACAAAUAUCUAUUGAAACAAAAAUAGCGGAAAAAAAAUCACACGAUACGCUUAUUACAACAAACCCAUAAAGAGCUUUUUCAUGAGAGGCAUUCAUUUUACUUAAAGCAAACCUUACAGAAGGUUGGGAGUGCGCUGCUACUACAGUCAUUUUACAAACUUUGUUUACAUUGUUUUUAGUGUUCAAAAAAUACGCUAAAUUGAUUUGAAGCCCAAGUCACGAUUUUAAAAUGAGUAAACUUUCGCUGCUUGCCAUAGUGUUUGUGAUGAUAGUCAAAGGCUAUGCAAAGCCCGCUGCAACAAAGGCCUCAAUCACAUUAGCCAACGUUAGUGGCGAUAGCGGCGAAAGCGGCGAUAGCUUAGGUUUAUCCCGUAAUGCUGCUGACAUUCUAUAUGCCCGGAGGUUGGACAACCAGCAUGCUGAACAACAUGGGCUGAAUAAACGUGAAACGUUGAAAGAGGGUGGCGAAGAAGAAGCACUUGAUACCAAUACAGAGGCAGAAGUAUUCUUGAAGACGACGCCUAAUAAUGAAGUUGAAAAAGACAUGACGAAAAACGAUCGUGUCUGUGAGACUUUAGCAUUUUUAAAUCAUUACUCAACUACAACUUUGAAAAGUAACGACGCAUUGAAAGAAGCCGAAGAAGUACUUAGAGAAAAGGUUGCUGAAAUUGAAGCUGAACCUGUCAUACUUUCAUAUCGUAUAUAAUACGAUAUAAAUGUUAAAAUGUCAUGCCAUGCGAUAUGCGUUUUUCUUAAAUGUCAUAUAAUAACACAUGCGUUCAUAUAUACAAUAUAUACAAUAAGUGUAAUCUAAGGCAUAA